CCUGUGCUAUUUACUUUUGGCAAAGCUUGUGCUUUGGUUAUGUAGUUUGUAUAAGGUUAGAGUACCGCUUCACUUGCACAUGGAGGGGAAUUCAUUGUGCAAGAGCCAAUGCACUGUUGGAAUAUCGUACACUUUGGAAUUUCACAUUUCGUACUGCACUGGAAAUGUGUUCUAUAGUAUAUAGAAAGAGCCAGCAGAGGAAACACAUGAGAGGUUUUGGCUCGUCUAAUGUGACACAAGAAGCCUCCGAAACAGUCACAUUUGGUGUGUGGUUAUUUACCCCCUCACAAUGUGUGGGUGAAGGUAUGGUAGUGUGGUAGAGGUUCACUCCAGAGUCAAAAAGCAUAUCAAUUGUCACCACAACAAUUGCCAAAUAUCACACUCAGUGCAAAAAUGAUAGAUUUAAUAGACAAUCUUUUUUAUUACAAUAUCUAUAACACAUGAUCUAGUUCAUAUUUGCACAGGACUAGUAUUACUAGAUCCUUAUAAUUAUUGCCCCAUGUAAUACUUUUUGUCAUUCAGUAUUUACCGUUAUGAUACAGAAGCCUGGAGGCUGUUCUAGGCUUGAUGAUAUUUCAACUUGAUGAGGGAUAGCCUAAUAUUGGCUUUCAGUUCAGAAAGAAGUCUAAAUAACAAUGCACUUCAAAGAAGAAGCACAAACUGUAUGCAGUCAUUUAACCUCAAACUCUGACGCCCACUGGUGGCAUUUUCUAAAGGUACAUUUUGGUUUCAAAACUAUAAGUCCUACACAUGCUUAAUACUGUUAGAAUGGUAAGAACUGUGGGAUUCUGAUAAGGGAAACAAUGUGACUACUACAGAGCCUGAGCUACAACCCUUGAAAUGUACAGUUUUAGUUUUUUGUCGGGGGUAUUUUUUGUUGGGGAAUAACAGAUUUCAAAUUCUAGGUUUGAAAUAAAAUAUGUCACCAAUUACUGUUCCAAAAGCAUAAAACAAAGAUUCUGAUCUUUGACCUAAUGAUGACGCUCUAAACAUGCACAUAUUCUCAUAGGAACGCAGCCAUUUUAAAUGCACAGGGCUUGUGCAAUGUGUUUUCUUCUUACAGGAAUGAUAUACAUAGGAGGAAGCUGAAAUCUCUAUCUAUCUAUUGAUGUACAGUAAAUAUAACCACUGUCUGAUUCCCAGUUCGUCAACUAGAUAGCAGUAGGUGAUCACAUGAUGUCUCUUGGCCACUUGAAACCAUUUGGAUUUUUUCUUGAAACCAUUUGGAGUCACUGUGCCAAAUGGCUAAAUGGAUUUUCAAACCUGACAUCUUAAAACGAUCUUAGCAACCAGGGCUUUCAAGUUAUGGAGUAGAACUAAUUAAAAUAUGACACAGGCAGGUGAGGAAACUUCAAACGUAUUUUCCCAUUCACUUUUCCUAUUGUAAACGAUGAGCUAGAUCAACGGCACAUGUGGAGGACUCAUACAAGGUAAUGUGGACGGAGAAGGAAAUGCAUUGCUUUACAAUGACCACCAGGGUGUACCAUUUCCAUGCAUACUAAAUGCUUGCACUUCUGGUGACUUGACCUACAUUUCCUACUCUAUGAAUAUGACCAUGGCGCAUUAUUUAUGGUCUUUAUGGUCAAAUUUUGAGUUGUGACAAGCUACAUCACAUUACACUUCAGCUUGAUGUUUUUAGCUAGUUACUGUAUUAUUCCCCUUUCAUCUGUGGUAUCAUACCUAGCCUGGCUCGCUAGCAUUAUAAAUUAAUGUUGGUAAACAAAAGGUAUGUACCAAACUCGCUGGACCUGGUACCUUGUCCAAAACAAAUACUCAGAAUUUAACAGGUUUUAAUUCAUUGGCACUAUAGUCUGCCAAAUCUUGUUUUAAAACGGUUUUCAGAUCCCAGACAGGACCAUGCUACCUUUUUACAUGAAUCUAAAUGUCUGCCUGAUCAUAGGUUGUCUGUGUGAAGUCAUUGUUACCAUGGCAUGGAGUUCCAACAGCACCAAACUGGACAACACCACCUUGUCCCUGUUCCAGAACGUGACAGCCAGUACAGCAAUCUCCAUUGUCUACAUUGUGGUCACCAUCAUCAACCUGGUAGGAAACAGCCUCUCCAUGUGGCUCCUCCUCUUCCAUACGUCUCCCAAAACUCCCUCCAUCAUCUUCAUGAUCAACCUGACCCUGACUGACCUGACCUUGGGCCUUGUCCUGCCCUUCCAGAUCAUGUAUCAGAUGCAAGGGUAUAAUUGGAGCCUGGGCCCAGGCAUGUGCAGGCUCUUGACCCUGGUGUUCUUUGCCAACAUGUACUGCUCAAUUCUAACUAUGACCGCCAUCAGUGGAGACCGCUACCUGGGCAUCUGCCGGCCCAUGCUCUUCUGUGAGACCAGGGAAAGGAAGUCAUUCGCUGUGAUUGUCUGCUUCGCCAUGUGGACAGUCGUCCUAUUGGUCCUGUACCCACUCACUAUAACCGACCUGACGUUCCACGUUCCAGAACUCAGGAUUACCACCUGCUUCGACGUUCUGAAGAGGGACAUGCUUCCAUCCAUGGUGGCCUGGGCUGCCUUCCUUCUUGCACUGUUUGUCAUCCUCUUCCUCAUCCCGUUCUGCAUCACUGUUUUCUGCUACAUCAGCAUCAUCCGCAAGCUGGCCCGAGACUCCAAGACCAAACAGAAGGAUAAGGCUAUUGGUCUCGCGGUCACCGUCCUAACGGUUUUUACGCUCUGCUUCACUCCCAACAACAUCCUCCUCCUGGCUCACACCAUCCGGAGGCUCUUCUAUGGGGACUCCCUCUACAUGGCCUACAAGCUGACUCUCUCCCUCAGUUGCUUCAACAGCUGCCUGGACCCCUUCAUCUACUACUUUGCCUCUAGGGAGUUCCGGAAGAAGUUGAGGCAGAUGCUAAGGCUGAGAACACCGAGCAGUCUGGACACGGGGAAGACAGACCUGCACAGAGAGAGCCUGUACUCCGCCCAGUAUGUUUCUGAGGGACAGGGUAGAGAGAACGGCAGAGUGUCUGUUAAACAACACUGUUAAAAAACAGAGAGAGGGCCUCCAGAGUGGUGCAGCGGUCCAAGGCAAUGCAUUGCAGUGUUAGAGGCAUCAUUACAGACCCGGGUUCUGUCGCAGCUGGCCGUGACCGGGAGACACAUGAGGCGGCGCACAAUUGGCCAAGUGUCGUCCAGGUUAGGGGAGGGUUUGGCCGGCCGGGAUGUCUUUGUCCCAUUACACUCUAGCGACUCCUUGUGGUGGGCCAGGCGCAUGCACGUUCCUCUGACAGAUUGGUGCAGCUGGCUUCCGGGUUAAGCAAGCAGUGUGUCAAGAAACAGUGUGGCUUUGCAGGGUUGUGUUUCAGAGGACGAAUGAGUCUUGACCUUCGCCUUUCCUGAGUCCGCAUGGGAGUUGCAGCGAUAGGACUAGACUGUAACUUCAAAUUGGGGAGAAAAGGGGGUAAAAAUUACAACAACAAAAACUGAGAAACAUUCCUGUUCAGAUAAUUUCACAGGAAUGUUUUUGUGUGCUGUAUAUAGACCCAGUAACAAACAAGGCUAGAUGGUGCUUCAAAAAGUUAGUAAAAUAGGGUAAUUUAUUUUGUGAAGGACUGUUGCAACUUGCAUAAAGAUAUCAAUGAGAUGUGUGUGGCUAAGUGAAAGCUAUGCUCCUUUUACCUCGAAUGUGAUCUCUGCCUCCUGCCAAUUCGGGCGGAUUCAUUGUUUCAUUGUGUGAAUUAUUAAACCUACCUACUGGGGUAAUUUCAACAAAAUGACAUUGAACCAAUGUGGAAUAGACAAUGAAUUGAUUUCUCUGCCCAGUGGGUACCUUUGUUAAAUGUUCAUCCAUUCCCCACUAAUUAUAUCACCAGUAAUGAAUUUAAUGUUAAUCUCCAUCAUCUAGAAUGUUAGGGUGUUUAAAUCACGAAAUUCUAUUCAUUCAUGAAAUAAAUAUUAAUUUACCAGUCUCAUUCUCUGAGAUUUUGAUGUCAUUUUCACAAUGUGGAACAUUGGAACACUCCAUAAGUAAAUAUAUUUUAAAAUUAUAAUAAUUGCACUUGUCUUUUCCUACUAGCACUGACUUAGCUGAUUAACUUCUUAUUGAGGAAUUUCCUUUUUACUAUGACUGUGAUAUAUGGUCGUCCCAUCUAGCUAUCUUAAGAUAAAUGUAGUGUAAGUCGCUCUGGAUAAAAGUGUCUGCUAAAUGAGUCAAAUGUAAAAAUAUAAACAUCUGAGCGUGCAUAGAAAGAGAACUUUAUGGCCUGUGUGCUACGAUUGGGUUCAGUACUAUGAAAAGUGUUGAAUUUAGGAACUGUGAUAAAAUGUUGAGAUUGUCUUAUUUAGAUGCAUUCACCAAUGUAAUGAUGGAUAUGGGAAUUGCCUUUGAAAGUGCAUAUGUAUCGGUUUGAGGUCCUGUGAUUCAGAUUCCUUUUGGUUUCUUGGCAUGGACACGGGUAGCCUUUGCCGGCUGAGAGUACUUAGCACUUCUUAACAGAGUUCCAGUAGUAAUUUGCAAACCUAGCACGAACCGAUUCUACAAGUAGAAAUGGCCGAAAAUGUCGGCAGUCAGACACCCACAGGUGGGUGGUCCCGAAAACACACCACGCGGUCAGCGAGCGAAGACACAGCAGAUGAGGGGUCUUGAAAACCUGUGUCUGUUCAGAUGCUACAGGUUGAGCCUGAUUUAGAGGUUAUCUAUUUUGGCUGUUGCCAGUGUAUAUAUUGAAAAUCUAAACAACAAUAUCUAGAAAACAAUUGAUCCAGAUGAUUAGAAAAAUUAUAGGCCCAUCUCAAACCUCCCUUUUCUUUCAAAGAUUCUAGAGAAAACUGUUGCUCAGCAGCUUUCCUUCUUCCAACAGCACCACCAUGAGGCCAAACACAAGAAUACUCCACAGCCCUCAUACUAAACUCCAAAGCUUGAAGCCAGUUCCACUGCAUUUUUUCAUUGUUCCCCUCUAAAAAGGGACUGAUAUAUAUCUGGGACACCAGGUGGGUAAAAUUAAUUAUCAGGAAGAACAGAAAACCAGCAGGCUCCGGACCUCAUAGUGUAAGAGUUGAAUACCCCUGCUCUACAGGUUAGCUAGACUCACAUCCCUGAGAAUGUGUGCCAAAUUCCAUAACUCAGAGUCAAACAGAUCAAGAGAUAUUAAUAGGUGCCUGUUAUAGACCCACCAUGUGGUUGAUCAGAAUAUUUUUUUGCAUAUAUUGAGUCUUGACAGACAGAGUUCUGAAUAUUUGUAUCAAGAUUUGUUACAAUAUGAAUAACCAUGUCUGAUUUAUAUGCAUUGAUUUGCUUGAUAUUUUCUAUUACAUGGCGCCUUCACUGUUGGAUCACCAUGAAAGACCUGUAAAUAAAGUCUACACCUUGAGCACUUAA